AUAUCGGGUGCAUUUGGAAAUACCAUUUCAUUUAAUUUUCGGUUUGGAUUGACACUGAUUCUAUCCAAAGGACGAACAAUUAUAUAAGAUGAAAUGCCAACUUCUUCACCUUCAUCAUACUGGCAAGUUGGUAAAACGCUAUCAGAAUGCUUUGACCAUGUCUUCACUUCCGGUAUAGUCAGUGACGUCACAUUCCUUGUCGGCGAGGAAAUGGAAAGGAUUUCCGCCCACAAAUUGGUCCUCAUGAGCAGAAGUCCAGUAUUCUACCCCAUGUUGGAGGGUCCGAUGGCCGAGAAAGGGGAUAUACCAAUCCCGGAUAUUUCUGAUGAGACAUUUAAGUUGUUUCUGAGGUAUCUGUACACAGACUCAAUUGACCUGACGUUGAGGAACGUGGUCCCCGUGUUAAACGCUGCCAGGAAGUACUGUGUUGACAUCUUAGUUUCUCACUGCGAGAAAUUCCUUGCUUCGAAUUUAUCAUCUGAUAACGCCUGUCUAUUUCUGGAGCAGGCUCAUGUCUUCGUGUUGGAUAGUUUGAAAUCGGACUGUCUUCGAUUCAUUGAUGAGAACCCUACCGCUGCUCUGACUUCUGAAGCCUUCACUGACCUGUGUGUGGGCUGUGUUACAAGUAUAACGGAGUCUGAUAAUCUUCGUGUUACUGAGAACAACGUGUAUGAAGCCAUCAUCAGAUGGGCGGAGGCAGAAUGUGCUCGUCAGAACCUCGAGAUCACACCCGAUAACAAAAGAAAGGUCUUAGGAGAUAUCCUCUAUACUGUCCGGUUUUCUGUGAUGGAUAUUGAUUUCUUUCUUAAAGAAGUUUGUCAUCACAACCUACUUCCUGCUGAGUAUGUCGUUCAAAUCGUCAACUAUCAACAUCACCCUGAGAAGGUCCCGGGCAGUAAACUUAAUCAUACCGAGAGAAGAAUUGAUAGGACAAAACAACGAGUGUGGCUAUUUGCGGAAAGUCUACAAGGCCCCAACAUCGUCGGUAGUGAACUUGCUGAUUUUGAGUCGGUGGCUUUUUCAGUAUCUCACAGUAUACGCUUAAUAGGAUUUGGAUCACUCUACUCCUACAGAGACAAUACUGUAAAAGUAGUUAUUUACGAAAAUAACGAAGUUGUUUACAAAGCUGAUAAGAUCUAUCGGGUUAAAAGCGAAUCCGAUGACAUUGGGGAAGUUCUGUUGAAGGACAGCGAGUGCAUCCACCUCAAACCUGGCAAUGUGUACACUAUAACAGUAAAAAAAUCUCAUGGUAGAAUGUGUUACAGCAAAGGGGCAGUCGGCGAUACAUUUCAGUUCAAACAUGCAAUGAUCACAAUUCAGACACCGGCUGAUGCUUUGCAGAACGUCUUAGGACACAAUAUAAAUCAAGUGCCGUAUUUGUUGCUGAAAUGAAGUUGAAUUAAUAGUUACAUUCCGGAAUAGAAAAUCAUUAUGGUGUAGUCACAUCUGUUAACAGUCUGUAUAUUUUUUUUUAAGAAACAUUGUCACCGCCUCAGUGUUUUAUAUCCGAAGAAAAAGCGUUCCGACUUGUUAAUUUGUUUUGUUACUUAUACUUGCUGAUCUAUUUAUUGCAGCAUAUAUUCAUAUACGGAAUAAAUAUAUAUAUAUUCACAAUAAUUUUUCAUUUUUCACAAGCAUAUCUUUGCCUCAAUAUGAUAAUUCGAACCCUGGACCAGUAGAUUAUAAAUCAAGAUUUCUUUCAAAGCACUGUCAUUAUGACAUUUAAUAAAAAUGUCAUUUUAAGGUUUUAUAAAUAAAAAAAUCUGUACAGAAGUAUAUUUUGAGUCAAAGUAGUAUACUGUUUAUCAUUUGGUAUAAUAUUGGGCACCUGAUGGUCUGCUGUCCUGAUGCAGGUAGAGGAUAUGUACCGAUAUAAAAGUCCUGAUUGUCUCGUGUUAAUGCAUCCUUUCGAAUCGCAUAGUGAAUCGUUCCUAUUUGAUUGUAACAUAGUUUAGCUGUAUUGAUUGAGAAAUCAUUGUAUGUUUUAUAAAAAAACCUGCAACGUUCAUGUUUGAAUAUAUGUCAAAGUGUUGCAUUUUUUAUUUACAAAACCAUAGACUAUCAGAUUAUGUCAUAAUGAAACAGAGUGUCUUUUGAUACAUUGUAUUUAUACAUGAUAAAUUAUCAUUCUACUUCAAAUAUAUUACAGUGUAGCACUUCUGGUUGGACAUAUUAAAUAACGUUUAGUGGUUCUUUUAUAAAAAAUACACAAUAGGAACUCGUUUCCGUGUAAAUACAACAAAGUAUUCAGUACCUGGGUAAACAUUACAUAAUUAUACAAUUUCUGUUUGAGUAGAGGAUAGUGUUGCGCUCAGGAUUGGCUAUAUGUGUGGGUAGAUAUUCUAACUCCUUGUUACAGCGUACCUUUACGAAUUGAACAAAGGACAAUGUAAAGUUAAGGUCGAGUAUGAUGCUACCUGUGUUAUGUGUGUGUGUCAGUUACUUGUAAUAUUUGUUUCUGCUUAGUU